AUGGUCUCAACUCGCAACCAACGCAAAGCUUCUGGAGAAGAACUUUUAGGUCCUUUGCUCGUACACCGAAAGCCAAGGUCCAAGAGAGACAAUAUGACUGGAGAAAACAAACAGGAUACAUCUAGUGAUGGCGAUCGCAUCACUAAACUUGAGCAACAAGUUGAAAACUUGUCUGCAUCAAUCCUUAAACUCGUGGAGAGUUUGAAGACUGGAAAAUCUUCACGUCCAUCAACUUCAUCUGAGCCUGAUCAAAAGCUCAAGAAAAAGGUUGUUGAGGAUAGCGAAGAUGAAGACGACAUACAAGCUGAUCCAACGAAAAAGGAAGCUGAAUCAGGUGACAAUAAAAAUUCUAUUGAUACCUUAAAGAUUGAUUUUAAGGUUGACAUCCCUAUUUAUAAAGGAGAUAUUGAUCCUGAAAAGCUAGAUAACUGGAUAGACACAUUAGAAACUUAUUUCACAGUUUAUAAGUAUUCUAAUGUGCAAAAAAUAAAAUAUGCGAGUUUGAAACUUUCAAGCCAUGCCCUUACAUGGUGGAAGUCCUAUCAGAGACGGUAUGAUGUCUCAGAAUUGACUUGGAAGAACUUCAAGAAGCUUUUGAGAAAACAAUUUUAUCCAGUUGGCUAUGAAGAUGAAAGAUGGUAUAAGUGGCAACACUUCAGACAAAGAUUUGGGCAGCCUGUACAAGAGUAUACAACAGAGUUCCACAACCAAGCUAUGGUUCUGGACAUUGACGUUGACGACUACGACGUUUUCAUGAAGUAUACCGGAGGUCUUGCCGACUACAUACGGAAAGAACUAAAAUUGUUCACCGUAGAUACUAUUGAAGAUGCUACUGUGAAGGCCAUAGCCAUUGAGGCAAAAAAUAAAAGAACUGACAAGAAGGAUGACAUAUCAAAACCUGUCAACAAAACUGACUGGCAGAAAAAGGGGAAGCAGAGCAAGGAAGGUCAGACACAGAAUGUCUACUGUGAUCACUGUCAAACCAACAGACAUGCCAAAGACAAGUGCUGGAUACUCCAUCCAGAGUUACGGCCAAAGCGCGAGAAAAACAACCAGGGGAGAAAUGACAGAAAAGCCACAUUAACUGCACAACGGGCAGAAGAGCUUCCAAAGUUGAAGCAACCUGAUGUUACACUUACCCUUAUGACAAGACCAGCAGAUACUGAAGACACGUACAACCGUGAAGAGCUGUUUCAUGUGAAUAUCCAGGUGAAGCAAAGUGUUGUACAAGCUAUUAUUGACCCUGGAAGUCAGAAAAACCUGAUUUCAGAGGCUUUAGUAAGAACAGUGGGUUUAAACACCACACCACAUCCUAAGCCGUACCCGUUAGGAUGGAUUCAGAAGGAUGUUGACUUACAGAUCACGAAGCAAUGUACCUUCAAAUUUGCUAUCACCAAUCGAUAUAUCGAUGAGGUGACAUGUGAGGUGGUUCCUUUGGAUGUUUGCCAAGUCAUAUUAGGUAGUCCAUAUUUAUGGGACCGAGAUGCCAUCCAUUAUCGAAGGCUUCGCAAGUAUCGACUUGUGAAAGAUGGGAAGGAGUUCCACAUCAACGCUUGCAAGCCUCAAGCUACAAAUAAUUUGCUUACAGAUAAUUUGCUGACAGCUAACCAAGCCAAGAGGUUAGUCAAUUCAUGUGGGCGAUUCGUUUUGUUGAUGAUUCGACCGCAAGAUCAGAGUUCUAGAGCUGUGACAUUGUCUACAUUGUCUUUAUCUCCUGCACAAUGCUCAGACAUAGGGAAAUUACAGGAAAAGUUCAAGGACUUAUUUCAUGAUGUGCAGGGUUUGCCACAACGGAGAGCUGUGGAGCAUGAGAUCCAGUUGGUAGGAGAUUCACCUCUACCAAACUUGGGUUUGUAUCGUACUUCUGUGACGGAAUCUGACGAGAUCAAGAAGCAAAUUCAAGGACUUCUUGAACAAGGAGUCAUCAAACCCAGCUGCUCACCAUGUGGUUCGCCAGUGUUACUUGUGCCUAAGAAAGACGGAGACUGGCGUAUGUGUGUAGAUUAUAGGGCACUCAACAAAAUAACCAUUAAGAAUCGGUAUCCAUUGCCGAGGAUUGAUGACCUACUAGAUCAACUACAUGGUGCACGCUACUUCACUAAGCUUGAUCUCAAAUCUGGCUAUCACCAAGUCCGCAUCCAUGACGAAGAUACUUGGAAAACUGCAUUCAAAACAAAGCAGGGACUAUUCGAGUGGUUAGUCAUGCCAUUCGGAUUAUGCAAUGCUCCAGCUACCUUCAUGCGAUUGAUGAAUGAGGUACUCCGCCCUUUCAUUGACGACUUCGUCAUUGUAUACUUAGAUGACAUUCUUAUAUUUAGUGUCACAUGGGAGGAACAUCUUCAUCAUAUUGCUCAAGUUUUGGAGGUUCUACGAACAAAUCAGUUACAGUUAAAUGGUAAGAAGUGUGAAUUUGGGAAACAACACCUUGUAUACCUGGGAUUCAUUGUUGGUGCAGGAGAACUGAAAGUGGACCUAGAGAAAGUGCAGGUGAUUUCUCAAUGGCCUAUUUCCCCAAACACACCCUUACAUUCUCUAACAAAGGCCAAUCAAAAAUUUGAAUGGUCGAGAAACCAUGAGGAAUCUUUCCAGUUGUUGAAACGGAAGAUUACAGAGGCCCCAGUAUUAGCAUUACCGAAUUUGCAGAGACCAUUUGAAGUGGAAGCAGAUGCAUCGAACUAUGCUAUGGGAGCCGUAUUAUUUCAAGAUGGGAAACCAGUUGCAUACCAUUCUGAGAUGUUUAGUGGACCGGUAUUGAAUUAUCCGACUUAUGACAAGGAGUUGUAUGCAAUGCAUCAAGCAGUGAAGCAUUGGAGAGCUUACUUGUUGGGAAAAGAAGUCGUAGUUCACUCAGAUCAUAAACCUCUUCAGUUUUUAACUACACAGUCUAAGUUACAGCAAGCUCGCCAUAUGAAAUGGAUGUCUUACCUACAACAAUUCAGUAUUGUGAUAAAGUACAAGAAGGGAGCAACUAAUAAGUUGGCAGAUAUGUUAUCUAGACCACCUACACCAGUUAGUUCCGCAUUGCUGGUGGCUAUGAAAAUCCAACCCAUUGUUCCUUCUGAAUAUGCCAAAGGGUACGACACAGAUGCUGAUUUCAACUCAGCCUAUGCCAAGCUGGAACAAGGAAAGACUAGUGAGUUUCAAUUGAAAGAUGGACUAAUGUAUAAGGGAACACAAUUGUGCAUUCCAGAAGAUGGUGACAGAUUGCAAUGGAUUCGUGAGGCUCAUACUUCUAAAGUAGCAGGGCAUUUUGGAGUUGAGAAGACUUUAUUGAAUCUUCGUCGCUAUGUGUAUUGGCCAAAGAUGCAUCUCGAUGUUUCACGAUACAUUCGAGGUUGUGUUCUAUGCAACACAUCGAAGCCUUCCAACAGGAAGUUAGGACUGUAUCUUCCAUUACCAGUACCUACUCGACCUUGGGAGAGUAUCUCGAUGGAUUUCUUAGGUGGCUUGCCUAAAACCAAGUCUGGAAAUGACUACUUGUUUGUGGUGGUAGAUCGUUUCAGUAAGAUGGUGAUUCUCAUUCCAUGCAAGAAGACCGUAACUGGAGAAGGAGCUGCUAAGUUAUUUUUCCAAUAUGUUUGGAAGCAUUUUGGCUUACCUACAUCAAUUAUUUCUGACAGAGACAGUCGAUUCUUAGGCCAUUUCUGGAGGUCGUUAUGGGGAAUGAUGGAUACUAGAUUGAAAAGAAGCACUGCAUUUCAUCCACAGACAGAUGGGCAAACGGAGGUCGUAAACCGGACUAUGGUACACUUGUUGAGGGGUUACAAUUCCAAGCAUCCGAAGACUUGGGAUGAAAGUCUCCCUUACUUACAGUUUGCUUUCAACCGAACAAUUCAUGGCUCUACACUCAAAUCUCCAUUUGAGCAACGAUAUAAAGCUCGCCAUGAUAAGCAUCGUGUGCCAUGUAACUUCAAAGAAGGUGACCUAGUAUGGUUACACCUUGGAAAGGAGCGGCUAACAGGUGAAGGCAAGAAACUGAAGCCUAUUCGUUAUGGACCGUUCAAGAUCAUCAAACAAAUUGGUGAUAAUGCCUUUCAACUUGAAUUACCACCAUACAUGCAUAUGUACUCGGUCAUCAAUGCCGAGAAUCUUAAGCUUUUUGAGCCAUCUCUACUUGAUGAUGAUCCCGACGAAGACAUUCGGCUUCCAUCAGUUGAUGACUUAAAAAUUGAACUAGAAGACCCUUUGCUGAAGGAUUGUAUCUUGGAGCAGAAGGUUCGUGAGACCCGACAUGGAAAGUAUGAGUAUUUUCGUAUUGGCAGUAAAGGGCAACUUCCCAGCAAAUCGAAAUGGUAUAUUCGAGACAAGGCUACUCAAGAAUUUCCACAUCUCACCAUUUAA